GGCGGCGGACCCGGCCCGACCGCUCCGCACCUCCGCCGAGUUUGGCCGGCCCAGAAGGGCAGCCAAAAGUUCAGCAUGCAGGAAGUUUGGAGGCAGCUCGGAGAGUAGCGCGUCGGCGGCGACUGCUGCUUCCCGUGCUGUGGGGUUUUGCUUUUUUUUUGCGGGGAUUGUGCCAUUCCCCCUCCGCCCCUCCACCCCCCACCCCCAUCCCCCCCCCGCAUACAACUCCCCCAAACACACAAGCAACCCGCAACAACCAAAAAGUCCGGCAAGAGGGAGAGAACACGAGCGAGGGAAGAACCCUCGGCGGGAGAGCCCGUUUCUUCGCAGAGACACGGUCCCGCUCGCAGCUGGUCCCAAUGCAACUGCUCAUCCUCCUCCUGCUCUACGCCGUCGUCUGUGCGAACUUUUGCAGCCGUCAGGGCACCACCGCCCCUGCCCAGAGCGGAUCUAUAAAAGCCCUGCGGGCCUCCAACAUCAGGCGAGAUGAGAGCAAUCACCUCACAGACUUGUACCGAAAAGAAGAGACCAUCAGCGUGGCAGGGAAUGGCUGCAUCCACAGUCCUCGCUUCCCCAGCAGCUACCCCAGGAACCUCCUACUCACGUGGCGGCUCCACUCCCCAGAGAGCACCAGGAUCCAUCUGGCUUUUGAUAACCAGUUUGGACUAGAGGAACCUGAAAAUGAUAUCUGCAGGUAUGACUUUGUGGAAGUGGAAGAUGUAUCAGAGACCAGCACAGUUAUAAGAGGACGGUGGUGUGGACACAAGGAAAUACCUCCAAGAAUAACAUCAAGAACAAAUCACAUAAAGAUAACCUUCAAAUCUGAUGACUAUUUUGUGGCUAAACCUGGAUUCAAGAUAUGUUACUCCCUUGUGUGUAGCUCGAAAGAGACAGAUUUUGCAAACACUCAGGAAAUGGAUGAUUUCCAGCAUGCAGCCUCAGAAACCAACUGGGAGUCAGUCACAAGCUCUGUCUCAGGGGUAUCCUAUCCCUCUCCAUCAGUGACUGAUGCUACGCUCACGGCAGAAGCACUGGAUCAAACCAUUGCUGCAUUCGACACGGUGGAGGAUCUGCUGAAACAUUUUAACCCGGACUCCUGGCAAGAAGAUCUUGAGAAUCUAUACACAGACAGUGGCCACCAUUAUCGAGGCAGGAGCUACCAUGACAGGAAGUCCAAAGUUGACUUGGACAGGUUGAAUGAUGACGUGAAACGUUACAGCUGCACCCCGAGAAACUACUCUGUCAAUUUAAGGGAGGAACUGAAGCUGACAAAUGUAGUUUUCUUCCCCCGCUGCCUCCUUGUCCAGCGCUGUGGAGGAAACUGUGGCUGUGGGACUCCAAACUGGAAAUCUUGCAUGUGCAUGUCAGGGAAAACAGUGAAGAAAUAUCAUGAGGUGCUGAAAUUCAUCCCUGAGGCUGGGCAUACCAGAAGAAAAGGCAGAAUCAGGAACAACAUGGCCUUAGUUGAUAUACAGCUGGAUCACCAUGAGCGUUGUGAUUGCAUCUGCAGUUCAAGACCACCCCGAUAAAAAAAAAAAAAAAAUAAAGGAGGAAAAAAAAAGAAAGAAAGAGAGAGGAAGAAAGAAACAAACAAACA